AUGGCGGCGGCGGCGGCCGCGGGUCCCGGCGCGGGCGCGGGGGUCCCGGGCGCGGGCGGCGGCGGCGGCGGGGCGCGCGAGGGCGCGCGGGUGGCGGUGCUGUGUCUACUCUGGUACGCGCUGAGCGCGGGGGGGAACGUGGUCAACAAGGUGAUUUUGAGCGCCUUCCCGUUCCCGGUCACCGUGUCGCUGUGCCACAUCCUAGCGCUGUGCGCGGGGCUGCCGCCGCUGCUGCGCGCCUGGCGCGUGCCGCCCGCACCGCCCGUGUCGGGCGCGGGACCCGGCCCGCAUCCGGCGUCCGGCCCGCUGCUGCCGCCGCGCUUCUAUCCGCGUUACGUGCUGCCGCUUGCCUUUGGCAAGUACUUUGCGUCGGUGUCGGCGCACGUCAGCAUCUGGAAGGUGCCGGUCUCCUACGCGCACACCGUCAAGGCCACCAUGCCCAUCUGGGUGGUCCUCCUGUCCCGCAUCAUCAUGAAGGAGAAACAGAGUACCAAGGUAUACCUGUCACUGGUCCCCAUCAUCAGCGGAGUCCUGCUAGCCACUGUCACAGAGCUGUCCUUCGACGUGUGGGGGCUGGUCAGCGCCCUGGCAGCCACGCUAUGCUUCUCCCUUCAGAACAUCUUCUCCAAAAAGGUGUUGAGGGACUCCAGGAUCCACCACCUGCGGCUGCUCAACAUCCUGGGCUGCCAUGCUGUGUUCUUCAUGAUCCCUACGUGGGUUCUGGUGGACCUCUCCACCUUCCUGGUCAGCAGUGACCUGACCUAUGUAUCUCAGUGGCCCUGGACGCUGCUGCUCUUGGCAGUUAGUGGCUUCUGCAACUUUGCACAGAAUGUUAUCGCCUUCAGCAUUCUCAACCUCAUCAGCCCACUUAGCUACUCGGUGGCCAACGCCACCAAGAGGAUCAUGGUCAUCACUGUGUCCCUCAUCAUGCUGCGCAACCCAGUGACCAGCACCAAUGUGCUGGGCAUGAUGACUGCCAUUCUGGGUGUCUUCUUGUACAACAAGACCAAGUAUGAUGCGAACCAGCAGGCCCGGCGCCAUCUCCUUCCUGUCUCCACGUCAGACCUGAGCAGCAAAGAGCAUUUGCGGAGCCCAAUGGAAAAACCCCACAAUGGUGCACUGUUCCCCCAGCAGGGUGACUUCCAGUACCGCAAUAUCCUCCUCACAGACCAUUUCCAGUACAGCCGCCAGGGCCACCCAAACUCCUAUGCUCUCAGCCGACAUGAUGUGUAGGCCAGGUCAGGCCUUCUGCACCCCCUUCUUGAGCCCAGCAGCUUCAGAAUAUUCUGGGAGCCUGACUGAGCACAUUACACACAGCAGGCUAUCAGGGGAGCUCUGGGUCCUUGGCCUCUGAUGGGCUGCAGGACGUGACCAUAGCAUGGACAGCCACAAACUCGGGACAGAAAAAGAGCCACAGAGAGACCCUGGUUUACACCUGCACUGAGAGGCCACUCUGCAUUUGUGCACAGGGUUGCCCCUGGCAUAUUACAGAUGUCUGGUCUGAACUUCUGGUGAGAGUAGGGACAUGUUCUUUAGAACUGGCAUCUCUGUGUCUGCAAUCCUGGAAGCCAACAGGAGAUGGCAUCUGGGGUAUCGUGAAGAGGACAGCAAGGCUAAGGGAUGGAGGGCUUACAUGCUUGGCAUUACCUGUCCCCUCCAAUGCUACAGAGCUCUAGAAUGCCCCCAAGGCAUUUGGCUGAAGCUACUGCUGUCUCGGGGCAGACCUACAGUGACCAUCAGCCCUUCAGCUCUGACCUUCCUCUGCCUCGUGGGUGCCAAAGCAGGACAUAGCCCUGAGCCUGGGGGGCCCUUGGACUCUAGAGGAGCAGCUUGUCUGCUCCCCACCCUUCUGAUGGCACAGAAGGCCAAGUGGUAGCGAUGGCAGUUUCCUCAGAACCUGAGUUUCCCUGGGGAGCAUCUCGUCGACCAUGGGAGCUUUCGUGCCUGGAACCCAUCAUGCACUACACCAUGGCUAGUCAGCGGAUGGAAACCAUCUUGCCUCAUUUCAAAAUUUGGGAUGUUUGUUGCUGGACCCAGUCCCUCCCAGCUCAGUGGUAGCAGGCAAUGCUGAAGGGUACUGAAGCUGCAGCCACAGGGGUAGAAGGAGGUAUUCACAGUCCGAGUACAGUGUUGCUCGUCAGUGAGGAGACCACAUGUGUGGCAGGGUUUUAAGUGUGCCCCAGUAAAUGGGACACCAGGCAGGUCUUGUUUUUUUUGUUGUUAAGAAUCACUUUGAGGCUUGGUUGGUAGAGUGCCUGCCUAGCAUGUGUGCAGCCUUAGCUUCUGUCCACAGAAUGCCACAUAGUACAGGCCUACCUUCCCAGCACUCUGGAAGCAGAUUAAGGAAAAUUCCAGACCAGCCUGGGCUUCAAUAAGAGGCUGUCUCAGGAAAAUGAUCGGUUUGGGGACCUGCCCUAGUGGCAUACAUCCAGGGGCUGAGGCAGGAAGAUGGCCAUGAGUUUGAGGUGAGACGGGGCUAUAUAAUGCGGUUUUCUGAAAAACAAUGUUUAGGGGUUGCUGGCCCAUGCCCACUGUCUUAGGUACUCAUGAAGCAGAAGCAUCUGAGCACAAGGCCAGUGUGGCAACUGAAGGAGAACCUGUGGGUUUUAUUGUGGGCAUAGCAGGUAAUGGUAGGAAGGGGCAUCAGGCUUAGCUUGGGGUAUCAAUGGGUCUCAGGGAUUUUGGGUUUUGGGACAGGGUCUCACAAUAUAGACCAGGCUGGCCUUGAAUUCAUGGGAUAUACCUGUCUCUGCCUCCUGAGUGCUUUAAAACCAUGGGCACCACAGCCAGAUGGAGUCAUCCUCAUUAAGCUUCCCAGGCUGACCUUCAACUCUUAGCAUUUGUGCCUCCUCCAUUGCUAAGAACUGAGCUCACAGGUUCAUCAUGGCACCCCAGUCCUUAACUCUUGAUUCAUUGGGUCCCUCUGCUUUUGAUUACUUGGAGUUUUAUACCGAAGGUUAGUUUAUCCCCUAGCCUCCUGCUUGCCUGCCUCGGGACAGUCCCAUCCGCCUUGCUCACUGGUCUGCAGGAGUGCCUUGGUAAGGCUGUCUGUUGGGUUUUCCUUCCCGGGGAAGACUGGCCUGAGACACCUGUCACUGCAGAGGUCUCUGUGGGUGACCCUGACUCAGCUCUGGACUCAGAAUGAAUUAUGUCUUUUUGGAUUACCAAGAUGUUCCUGUAAUUUGUGUAUUAAUGCAUUUUUCCUUUUUCAGGGAGCAAAAAGGCCCGUCUCACUUUUCUUAACGGUUUAUAAAUUAAUAAAUGGGAUACUUAGUUCUGUUCAUAGGCUCCCAGCAAGUGUGAACACUGGAAUGGAUGAGACAAUCAAGGUAGACCAGAUUCUGAGAUCAAAAGAUGAACAGCUGGGGCUGCAGCUCUGGCUAGUGCUUACCUGCGUGCAUGCAAGUUCUGGCCACCCUCAGCACUGCAUACACAGAAUACUACCCUAGUACUCAGGAGGCUGAGACAGUUAGGAUCAGGAAUUCAGUGUAUUACCUGACUACAUAGUGAACUGGAAGCCAGCCUGGGCUAUAUAAGAAACAACAAAACAGAUUUGAUCCACAGUUUAUUUCCGUGCAUUCAAAGUCACAUUAGCCCUAUUCUCAUGUCUUACCCCCACUACAUUCACCUCUCCCUCUCCAGAUCUGACCCAUUCCACCUCUGUUGGGGUUCAUUUGAAAAUUUGCGUUGCUGUCCCCACAUACCCUUUGAAAUGGCUUAGCCAAAACACUGAUCCUGACCUACCCAGCUUCAUUUUACAGAAGGGGAAACUGAGGCUUAGUGAAUGUCUUUUCACUAUUAGAGCACUUGGGCUUUUAGUUAUUCUUUGAGAUAGUAUCUGCCUAUUUAGCCCAAACUGGCCGCAGAAUAGAAGGCACUCCUCCAGCCUUAUCCUAUGUGCCUGGGGGAGCUGCCAUACCCAGCACCUUACUUCAUUUAUUCUAGGGAAACCCAAAACUCCCUUGACAGAUGAAUUAAGGCAGCAAAGUACUUGGAGUUUGAUUUCUCUGUGUGUUGGGAGGACUCUGAGCAGUGGGCGCUUCAUGGCCAGACCCCAGCCCUAAAACCUCAGGUCUGAAACAGGAAACCUGUCAUGCUCUUGCUUUCCGUUGUCACCUUGAGGCUCCUGUGUCAUAGACUGUACUGUGGGAGUAGCUGUGUUCCUGGUUGGCAUUUACCAAAAAUAAAUGAUGGUCUCCAGGG